AUGAGUACAGACACCGAGACAGUAAGUCUUCCCACGCUCCCCACCGAACUCCUUCUCACAAUCGCAGAUCGGCUGGACCAGAAUGACAUCAACUCGCUCGUGAAAACGCAUCGGUCCCUUUACCGGCGGCUGAAUGGAUCACUAUAUCGCAGAGAUUCUGGAUCCCGGGGUUCCAUGCACGCCCUAUUCGACGCGUCAAUGAAAGGAUGUCUCCGAACUGUCCAGAUGUCGAUCGAGUCCUUUUCCGAGCCGAAAGACUGGUACAGCGUCCAACCGGGCGUUGCUUACUGGGACCGCGCCCAAGAGAAAAUCCAUAUUGCUCUUUUCCAUGCCGCCAACUACGGGCACGCCGAUAUCGUCACUUUUCUCCUUGGGCAAGAGGGGACGGAUCCGAAUCGAAUCUGUCCUGCUUCGUCUUUCCCCCUAUUCUCUCCCCUCCAUUCAUCUUCUUCAUCUCCAAUCCUGAGAAAAACCCCUCUCGUGGCGGCCGCAAGUGAAGGGCACGUUGCGGUAGUCAAGGCACUUCUUGCUUCAAAAGACAUUCGAGUAAAUGCGGCAUCCUAUCUGCACACCCCUGCCCUUACGCGAGCGGCUUUCCUCGGUCACACUGAAAUCGUCAGCUUGCUUCUAGAUCACCCUGGCAUUGAUGCCAAAUUCGUCGACUGGACUGGCCGUACUGCACUACUCCACACUAUCGAACGCUCGCGGACGUCCACCACCGCAUGUUUCCUUCACCGUAAGGAUUUAGACAUUGGAAUCAACGUCGGCCUUAACCAUGGCGAUGACGAAGGCAAAACGCCAUUGAUUCUGGCGUGUGCCCGUCGUUCGAUUCAUUCGGCGCUUCCUCGUCUUAUCUUGACCGCUCCCGGCGUCGAUGUCAACGCUAGAGACAAACACAACAGGACUGCGCUCUUUUACGCAGCUGGAAAUGGAUCAAUCCAACAUGUUGGUCUCUUACUCAAGCACCAGGCUGACCCAGACCCCGUGGAUUUUGACGGCCUUACUCCUCUUCUAUUGGCAGCCCGAAGCGAUUCUCCUGGUAUUGUGAAGAUGCUGUUGGAAGCUGGCGCCGACCCGAAUCGUAAGCAUGAGAUAUUCGGAACCCCGUUACAUGCAGCGACGGUGAGGCAAAUUUGGUCGGUCGUAGCAGUCUUGGAUCCUGUCACUGGUUAUGACCACGAAUGCGACGAUUCUUGCUUCGCAACUUAUGAUUAG